AUGUUGAGUGCACUGUUCUUCUUAACCGCCGCCUUAAUGGUGGCUUACAAAUUUUAUUCAAAAAACACCGUUACUUACAAGAAGGUUAAUAAAUACGGUGAAAAUAAAGUUUUGGUUCUGAAAGAAGCACCGGGCCCUAGUCCUUUGCCUGUUAUAGGCAAUCUACAUCUCUUGGGCAAGCACGAAUCCCCGUUCCAAUCCUUCACUGACCUGGCGAAGGAAUAUGGGGAUAUCUUUAGCUUGAAACUGGGAACAGCGAAAUGUUUGGUCGUCAACAACUUGGAGCUGAUUCGAGAGGUUCUCAACCAAAAUGGAAAGUUUUUUGGCGGACGUCCCGACUUCUUGCGCUUUCAUCAACUCUUCGCCGGAGACAGGAACAAUUCACUAGCCCUUUGCGACUGGUCGAACCUCCAACUCCGGCGAAGAAACCUAGCCCGUCGCCACUGCGGUCCCAAACAGCACACCGACAACUUCGCGCGCAUCGGUGACGUAGCCACCUUCGAGUCAGUCGAACUCGUCCAAACCCUCAAAGGUAUCACCAGAAACACUGACGAAGCUAUCAACCUAAAACCCAUUCUAAUGACAACGGCAAUGAACAUGUUUUCCCACUACAUGUGCAACGUUAGGUUCGACGCUGAAACUGACAAAGACUUCCGAAAAGUAGUAGACCAUUUUGACGAAAUCUUCUGGGAGAUCAACCAAGGAUACGCUCUGGAUUUCCUGCCUUGGCUCGCACCAUUCUACAAGAAGCACUUGGAGAAGCUCUCGAACUGGUCUUCUGACAUCCGGUCUUUCAUCCUAUCAAGGAUUGUUGAGCAGAGGGAAAUGAACUUGGACGUCGAGGGACCAGAAAAGGACUUUUUGGACGGUCUUCUCAAAGUUCUGCACGAAGACCCGACUGUUGAUAGAAACACUAUUAUUUUCAUGCUAGAAGACUUCCUUGGUGGACAUUCUUCUGUUGGUAACUUGGUUAUGUUAUGCCUCACAGCUGUGGCUAGAGAUCCAGAAGUAGGUAGGAAGAUCAGAGCGGAAUUGGACGCUUUGACUAAAGGUAAACGGCCUGUGACUCUUGUUGACAGGCAUAGCAUUCCGUACACUGAAGCAACUGUUUUAGAAUGUCUAAGAUACGCUUCAUCACCAAUAGUCCCACACGUAGCGACAGAGAACGCCACAGUAGCCGGUUAUGGAGUUGAAAAAGGAACAAUAGUCUUCAUAAACAACUAUGAAUUGAACACAUCAGAAGAGUACUGGGAAAGACCAGAGGAAUUUGAUCCGUCGAGGUUCUUAGAGAAGAGUAAAGUGCGAGUACGAAGGAAUUCUUUAUGCGAUUCUGGUAUGGAGUCAGAUGGUGAGAGACCAUCUAAGCAUGCGGAGAAUAAUGUUGAGAAAGAAGUUUGGUCGGUAAAGAGGAAUAUCCCUCACUUCUUGCCUUUUAGUAUUGGUAAAAGGACGUGCAUAGGACAAACUCUGGUCACGACAAUGAGUUUUGUCAUGUUCGCCAAUAUUAUGCAAGAAUUUGAAAUCGGUGCUGAAAACUUGGAAGAUUUGAGACAAAAACCUGCUUGUGUAGCCUUACCUAAGGAUACAUACAACCUCUAUCUGAUACCACGGAAACAUUGA